UAGGAACCAGAUAACGUGAUUGGAAGGAUCCCAUGUUUCUAGGCUAGAAUUAUCAAUAAACUAACUUUAAAACAUUGAUACGCUAUUACAUUAGACUUUUCUAUCGUUUUAUGUUUUUAGUACGCUUUCUUCAUCAAGUCGGCUUCAGAAAUACAGCUCGGCUGAGGGGUGUGAACCUUAAAACAGGAGCGAGCAUGUUUAAAUGUUAAGUAUUAGGAAUGUGUUGAGUCGUUUGAGCUUGUUCGUUGCAACACAAAACAAUCCGGCAUCUGUAUUAUUUUCAGUCCAGAGAAACUAAGAGGUGUAGCCGUGGCGGUCGCAGGGCGGAGUAAUUCGUUUAUAGCGAUUUUCAGGGCGUAUAAGGAAGUUAUAAUAUACGGUUGGUGGAGAACACACUGUUCGGGAGCACAUAAGGGAUUUGCCACUUACAAAAUGCCAGGGAAGAAAGUCUGCAUCGUUGGAUCUGGAAACUGGGGUUCCUCCAUCGCCAAAAUAGUCGGGCACAAUGUCAAAGCCUCCAAUCGCUUUGAUCCAAUAGUGAACAUGUGGGUUUAUGAGGAAAUGAUAGACGGAAAGAAGCUCACAGAGAUUAUCAACACAGAACAUGAAAAUGUUAAAUAUCUGCCAGGCCACAAGCUGCCCAAAAAUGUGAUCGCCGUCCCUGAAGUCACAGAAGCUGUGAAGGGAGCAAAAAUCCUCAUCUUUGUUGUCCCGCACCAGUUCAUCACAAGGCUGUGUGAUCAGAUGAAACCUCAUGUGGCCGAGGGAACCAUCGGGAUAUCUCUGAUCAAAGGCAUUGAUGAGGGACCAGAUGGACUAAAACUCAUCUCAGACAUCAUUCGAGAGAAACUGGAGAUUGAGGUCAGCGUCCUGAUGGGAGCCAACAUCGCCAACGAGGUGGCCGAUGAGAAGUUUUGUGAAACCACCAUUGGGGCAAAAAAUGAAUCAAAUGGCCUCAUAUUCAAAGAGCUGCUGCAGACUCCAAACUUUCGAAUCACAGUUGUGAAAGAGUGUGAUACAGUGGAGCUGUGUGGGGCCUUAAAGAAUAUUGUUGCAGUGGGGGCUGGAUUCUGUGACGGCCUCGGUUACGGAGACAACACUAAAGCGGCCGUGAUCAGGCUGGGUCUUAUGGAGAUGGUGGCCUUUGCUAAGCUGUUCUGCAAAGGACAGGUGAGCUCCACCACCUUCCUGGAAAGCUGCGGCGUGGCCGACCUCAUCACCACCUGCUACGGCGGGCGGAACCGCAAAGUCGCAGAGGCCUUCGUCCGAACGUCCAAAUCUAUUGCUGAGCUGGAGGCGGAGAUGCUCAACGGCCAGAAGCUUCAAGGUCCGAUGACCUCAGCUGAGGUGUACAGGAUUCUGCAAAAGAGGGACAUGGUCAACAAGUUUCCUUUGUUUGCUGCAGUCUAUCAGAUCUGCUUUGAAGGGAAGGAGGUGAAAGAGUUCAUCACUUGUCUGCAGAACCAUCCGGAGCACAUGUGAUGCAACUGUGGCUGCUCCUUCAAUUGCUACAAAUGACCACUAGAGGGCAAAAGAGAUUUAUCAGAAAAAACCAAGAAAACACAAGAAACAUAACCCACAGCACUGAAAGGUCAUAUUUGUUGGUGGCAUUUCAUAAUCAUAUAUUCUGCAGUAUAUUUUACAUUUUUUAAGAGUAUUUUUUGUGAAAUGCUCUAUUUUAAUCAAAGUGUUUGACAAAGUUAGAAUUAGAAAAUAAUACUUUAAUGUUUCUGAUCAGUGGCAGGGAUUUAAUGAUCGUCUAUGUUAAACCACUAAACUUAAAAUAUCGCCAAAAGUGUCCUAAUUUUUGUUCACUUUUAUAUCACUACAUGACGUGUGUUUGUGAUCUGAUAAUUUCAACUUGUGAUAUUCUUUUUUUUAUCUUUAUGUGGAGUUGUCUUUGUCAAUAAAAUUUAUACAGAAGAAACUGAAAAUAGUGUUUUCAU